AUGUCGCGACGCCCGAACCCGGCGGCGGACCGCGCUGCCCAGAACCAGGCGACACUCAAGAGCCUGACGAAGCUUGAAGGCAACAAGAGCUGUGCGGAUUGCAAGCGGAAUAAGCACCCAAGAUGGGCGAGCUGGAACCUAGGGGUAUUCAUCUGCAUCCGAUGCUCUGGGAUACAUCGUGGCAUGGGGACACACAUCAGCAGGGUCAAGUCCGUGGAUUUGGACUCUUGGACAGACGAACAGCUACAGAGCAUGCUGCGGUGGGGCAACGCAAGAGCAAACAAAUACUGGGAAGCCAAACUCGCUCCAGGCCAUGUGCCGUCAGAAGCCAAGAUGGAGAACUUUAUUCGGACAAAGUACGAAUCGAAGCGAUGGGUAAUGGACGGUGGCAUGCCAGACCCCGCGACGCUCGAUGCUGACGCAGACGACGAUGUGCCGUUGAACGUUGUACAGGAGAAGGCGAAGAUGGAUCGUUCCAAUUCACAGCGGGCAGCAGCGACAUCGAGUCAGCCACGACAGUCAUCAGCUAGCCGCGCACCGAAUAUUGACCUCUUUGGAGAUGACACAGCGUCUGCACCGCCCCGACCGAGCACUACAGAGCCAUCCAUUACUCGACCGCCACCACCCAAAGGAGAGCCAGCUGCGCCCAAGCAGACAAAGCCCGGCGACUCGCUUUUGGGCCUGGACUUCUUCGGUGGCACGCAGUCUGCGCCUCCACCACGGUCUUCAACCACUACGGCCGUACCAAACGCAUCUGUCCCCUCAAGACCUGACCUGAAACAAUCCAUACUAUCCCUUUACGCGUCUACCCCGAAACCAGCUGCCGCCCCACCACAACCACACCAUCAGUCAGCCGGAUCUUUUGGAGGCCUGCAGUCGCCUUCCACGCAACCACCGCAAGCACAGCAAUCCGCGUUUGGAGGCUUGAGCGAUGCCUUCAGUGGCCUAAGUUUCGCGUCGCCCGCAACCCAGCAGCCAAAACCCUCGCCCUUUGCUGGCCUUACCAGUGCCUCGAGUCAGCGCUCUGCAGCAGCCGCUCCGAGCAUAAGCGGCGGCGGCAGUUUCUUCGAUGCCCUUCCGAAAGCUACGAAGCCAGCUGCCGCGCCACCGCCAUCACAAAGAACGUUCAGCUCCUCCAGCGGUUUCGGUGACUUCGCCUCCGCUACAUCUCCAAUCAGUGCGGUGCCUCCCAAGCCUUCUGCCACUGGCGGCAUGGAUGAUCUCUUCGGUUUCGCGGCUCCUGCGCCACAGCCAUCCGCUCCACCUAAGCCUCCUGUUUCUCAGCCGUCAGCGAGUCUGAACUCUGCAUUCAACCUUUCAGCACCUGCACCUCUUUCGCAGCCGCAAGCCCCGCCAAAACCGGCGCCGCCCUUAACCACGAAUUACUCCAGUGGACUGAACAUGGAUCCCUGGGGCUCGACCGAAGCCUGGAGCAGCAACACGACUACUCAAGCCCCCUCUGCGGCCCCUACCGCAUCAAGUACCAACAACUUCGGAUGGGGCGCUAGCGGUGGCACCGCUAAGCCGGCUCCGACGCAGGUGAGCGCUGAUGAGGAUUUUGGCGGCUGGAGCAGUGCACCAUCCGCUACAUCUCCGGUAAAGACGACCAGCAAGCCAUUGAAGCCGGCAGGUGGCUUCACGAGCGAUGAUUUGUUUUCGAAUGUUUGGGAGUAA